AUGGCAGUCAUGGCGUCACCUCAAUCAGAACGCGCCGCCUCGGAUCAGAAGCCCGCCGAGUCCACACCGGUCAAGGAGACUAGCAAGUCUGGAACGAAUGGCCAAGCCGAACCUGCCGAGAAGAGCGACGACAAGGCCGAGAAACCCGAGGAGUCACCCGCUGUCAAUGGCGAUAGCAAAGGUGACGAGCCCCAGACGUCGGACGAUACGGACGUGAGUGUGCCUAAAGACAAGGACACCGAAACAGAUGCACCUGCCAAGGAAUCGGUUGAGGGAUCAGCCAAAGGAUCACCGAAGGAUGCAGACAAGUCAUCUGAGCGGCCCAAGUCAGUAGAGCCCGAGGACCAGACAAAGGACACGAAGGCGCCCAGCAAGUCUGCGAGCCCCGCCCCCGCCGAGCCAUCCAAGGACGUCGACAUGAGCGACGCGCCCGAGGAGAAGUCGGAAAAGAAGUCAGAGGAGAAGAAGGACGACAAGUCAGACGAGAAGUCGACUGAGAAGACGGCUGAGGCCUCCGAACCUGCCAAGAGCGCGACAGAGCCCCAGGAUGUCGAGAUGACCCAGGACGAGGAAAAGGUGAACGGCACAAACAAGGGAGUGUCGUCGCCCCUUACUUCGGCCGCGCCUUCACAAGAGGUAGAUCUGCAACCUGCAAGCUUGUCGCAACUGGCCAUUGACAGUGACAAGGACAAGUCUUCCAAGCCUUCGGAUACCGACGUGCCCAUGACCGAGGCUCCGGCUCCGGCGAGCAAGAUCUCCCGCGAGAGAGAAGACGACGUUGAUGUCGAGCCUGCGCCUAAGCGCGCCAAGACGGAUUCCAACGACGGAGCUUCGACUGGAGGUGCCGAGUCCACGGUCGAGGUGAAGCCGCAGGGCGCGCAGGACGAUCUGAGCAAGGGCGAAUCGGCCCUCGACGACCUCCCCCUUUGGAACGACCCCGAACGCGACCCGAAACCUCUCACCUCUCACCAGACGCGAGAGUUCCGCAAGGUGCUGGCAGGUGUGAAGAAGACGAAGCAUGGUGCCCACUUCAAGGACGCCGUUGUCAAGAUGUGGCCCAGUCUUGCUGACAGCUAUGUCAUGCGUGUUAACAACCCCAUGGACAUCGGCGAGCUCGAGCGCAACCUUCGCGACAGCAAAUAUAGCACUCUGCGUCAGUUCAAGGAUGACCUCGGCAAGAUUUACAAAAACUCUGUCAUCUUCAACGGCGUCAACAACGAGAUCACAUUUGCUGCCCUCAGUGUUGUCAAGCUCGCCUGGACCCGCGUCUGCGACAUCCCUUCCGCCGAACCCGCCAAGUCGAAGCCAGUACCGAAGCCCUCGCGCCACUCCGAGUCACGAACAUCCGCCCCUCCGCCCCCGGUGCGCAGACAGCCUAGCAUUCCUGCUGCGAGCCCUCCGGCGAAGGCCGAGGCCGAGGCUUAUGCCGUUCCUCCUGGAGGCGUGCCGCAGGUCCGCCGCGCCUCGACGCAGAACGACUUGGACCGGCCCAAGCGCGCCAUUCAACCCACGAAGAACCGCGAUCCCGACUACUCCGCCAAGAACUUCAACAGGAAGAAGCUGCCCAUCGAGCUUCAGUUUGCCUACGAGGUGUUGGGCGAGUUGAUGGAUCCUAAGAAUUCCCAUUGCAACUUCCCGUUCCUCAAUCCGGUGGACCCUGUUGCACUCGCAAUUCCCACCUACUUCACCAUCAUCAAGCGACCCAUGGACUUGGGCACCAUCAUGGGCAAGCUGAAGAACUACGACUACCAGAACAUCAAGGAAUUCCAGACCGACAUUAAGCAAGUCUUCAAGAACUGCUACAAGUUCAAUCAACCAGGCCAGCCGGUCUACGAACAAGGACAGCAGCUUGAGGUUAUCUUCAGAAGUUUGUGGUCAAAGAAGGAGCAAUGGAUCACCAAGCACACUCCGGCUAAGCCUGUCUCUGACGUUUCGAGUCGCGAAAGCGAAGACGAGGCCGAGGAAGAGGAGGAAGAGGCGCCUGCCACGACGGUUGACAACGCAACCAACAAGACGAUCCAGAUGCUCGAGAAACGGCUGGAAGAAGAGACUAAGAAUCUUGCACAGCUCUACAAGACAGCCGAUAUCGCUGGCGACACCAUGAUCGACCUCUCGCAAUCCCUCAUCAGCACCAUUCGGUCGCGCAUCCUGCAGGAGAAGCAGAACCUCGUGGCGCAGAAGCCAGCCAAGGCAGCCAAGGCCAAGCCGCCGAAGCCGACCAAGCAGAAGGCCAGCAGCGCCCCCAGCAAGAAGGCGGCCGCGGCCCCCGGGCCGAAGAAGGGCGGAGGCAGUGUGUCCAAGAAGCCCAAGCAGCGUAACAUGACCCAGCCUGAAAAGGACGCCAUCGCGAAUGCCAUAAAUGACCUGGAGAGUCCGCACAUUGAACGCGCGAUCGACAUUAUCAAGAAGGACACUGGUCAAUCGGAGAACAGCAGCGGAGAGCUCGAGCUCGAGAUCGAUCAACUUACCAACGAGGCGCUCCACAAGCUGUGGGAUCUCUGCAAAAAGGCUUUGCCCACGUUCGCCAACGGCCUCGCGCCUGCACCGGCUCGCGAAGCGUCGCCUGUUAACACUCCUCCCUCCAAGUCGGCGGGUAAAUCCACCAAGCCCAAGAAGAACAAGCCCAUGAACGCCCAGGAGCAAGAAGCCCGCAUCGCCGAGCUGGAGAGGCUUCGCAACAUGUACGAUGGUAACCCCCAGGGUGAUCAAGAGCGCCCUGGCAGUUCCGGUCGUGCGAAUGAAGCACCUAUUCAUGACCACGACAGCGAGUCGUCGGACGACUCAGAAGAGGAGUAA